AUGACGUUCCGUGGGGUCCUACUCAAGCUCAACGAAGCCACGAGCCACGACAGCAAGUUUCAAGUCGUCGUCCCCAAAGCCGAGCUGACACUCCCCCCACCUCCUGCAUCGCCACUGGCCAAGUCGUUCCUGAACAAGUGGAGCCAGCAAAAGCUCGAGGUCAGUGACACCUCGAGCCGUGACCUUGUCCAGGUCGCACGAUUGGCGACAGUCGCGCCUCAAGCUGGCGAACAGUCGAUACUAUGGACCGGUGUUACGGGCUCGGAAGGGAACGUCCAAGCAGCUGGUGCGAAGCCAGAUACGCGGUGCUGCUAUUGCUUCCACUUUGGCUCGGCGUUUGACUACGAGCUGUUUCUAAGCACGUUGGCAGCACUCAAACGGGUGCAGCAGUACGCGCUGUUGCAAAGCUCUGUGGUGCUGGAGAUGGCCAUCGCGUUCGAGGACAAGAAGUGGAGACGAGAGGAAGCGAGGCGUCUUCAAGCAGCUGUGAAGCGAGCCCAGCAGCGUCGGGUGAAGCGAAGAGAAGAAGAGGAGAAGGACGAGGUGAAGAGGAGGGAGCAGGAGGACGAGGUGAAGAGGAGGAGGCUGGAAAAGAAGAAGACAAAGGUGGUGGCGGUGCCGCUGCCCCGUACAAUGCGCUGCGUGUUGUGUCGCGUGCCGAGGUCGCUGGAUGCACCGGAGUUUCCCAAGCAUCCGUUCGUGCUGAAGGAUGGUAAGGGGGAAGUCGUGCACAUCUGCAAAGUGUGUUUGCAGAGGGUAUUGCAGCUGCGGUUGGCGACGCAGGCAGUAGGAAAGAAGAGUCGAGAGGACAAUUUCUGUGGACUCUGUGCCCAGCCGACUGACAAGUUGUCGGCCAAGGCGACGAAAGCAUGUGCACAUACCAUUUGCACACGCGUGUACUGCGUCCUUUGUAUCGACAAGUUGAUUGGUAAGGCGCAGGCAGCUACUGUGUGGCAGACGAAGAAGUGGCUGUGUCCGCACUGCACUACCGAUACGACCAACCUACUUGCUGGUAAAGACGGAAAAGGGGCGGGAUCCAAGGCAGCAGCAAAGCAGAAGAAGCGGAAGCGAUGCAGUGAGGUUGAAGGAGACAGCACAGCAGAUAAGGAUCGGCUAGACUUGAUGAGACCAAGCCACCCGGGGUCGAGCAUGAAGCCAAUCGACUAUGCUGUGACGUAUUUCAAGUUCAUUCUGAAGCGUGAGAUCCACGACGAGUUUGACGAGUCGGAAGAUGUGUGCUUUUGCUGCAAGGAUGGCGGAAACGUGAUCGAGUGCGAUUGGAAAGGGCUGAAUGGCGCGUUGGCGCGAUGCCCGAAAGUCUACCAUGAAGACUGCUUGGGCUACAGGGUGCCAGAGGGCAAGACGUGGGUGUGCCCGCGCCAUCGCUGUCAGGAUUGCGGUGACAUUGCUCCGUACGCUUGUCGUUUCUGCGUGACAUCGUAUUGCGAGGCUCACUUGCCAAAAGACGUACGAAGACUUGGCCACGCUACAAGAGACAUUGCUACAGCGACGUACGUGAUGUGUCCCAGGUGCCAUCAGCAAGCUCAAGAUGCCGUCAAGCAAAAGAAGAUUGGGCCAGAGCUUUAUGCCAAGCUCGUACGACGACGUACUGGCAAACAGUGA